AUGGCUAACCUAGCGUCGACGCUUUUGAAUAAGGGCCGGUGGGAAGAGGCCGAGAAUAUCUUUAUGAAGGCUUUUAAGUCGAGCAAGACAAAGCUCGGCGAGGAUCAUCCCGAUACGCUCACCAGUAUGGCCAACCUAGCGUUGACGUAUAGGAACCAGGGCCGGUUGGAGGAGGCCGAGCAGCUCUUGGUGCAGGUGAUAAAGACUCGCAAGACGAAGCUCGGCAAGGACCAUCCCGACACGCUGAGCAGUAUGGCCAACCUAGCGUCGACGUAUAAGAACCAGGGCCGGUUGGAGGAGGCCGAGCAGCUCUUCAUACAGGUGACAAAGGCUCAGAAGAUAAAGCUCGGCGAGGACCAUCUCGCCACGCUCACCAGUAUGGCCAACCUAGCGUCGACGCUUUCGAAUCAGGGCCGGUGGGAGGAGGCCGAGAACCUCUUUGUGAAGGUUUUGAAGUCGAGCAAGACAAAGCUCGGCGAGGAACAUCCCUCCACGCUAGCUAGUAUGACCAACCUAGCGUCGACGUACAGGAACCAGAGCCGAUGGGACGAGGCUGAGCAGCUAUCUAUGCAGGUGAUGGAGACUCGCAAGGCGAAGCUCGGCGAGGACCAUCCCGACACGCUGACUAGUAUGGCGAAUCUCGCUUUCACCUGGAAAUCUUCCGCUCACGAUGCCGAAGCCAUCAAUCUGCUACGAGAGUGCUUAACCAAGCAGAAGCAAACACUCGGCCCAAACCAUCCCACUACUUUAUCUAAUUCUGAAACAUUGUUAGAAUGGGAAACGGAAGCGACACGGGAGACUGAAGGGGAAUGGGAAACGGAUGGGGAGUGGGAAAUAGAUAGGGAAUACUUACGAGGGCGCUGGAUAUGA